AUGACUGAUUUUGAUGUUGAUUCAUCAGGCAAAUUGAUUCUCAAUAGACCACCUAAAAGAAAUCAACUUUGGAUAUCUCAACUUCCACUUGAAUGCAUUGAAGAAAUUAUUGAAAAUCUAAUUGACGAUCAUAAAACAUUGUACUCUUGUAUAUUUGUCAAUCGAACUUGGUGUCGUAUAAGUAUUCCUAUCUUAUGGAGAUAUCCUCAAAAUUUCGAUAUCGAACAUCAAAAAUUUUGGACACGAAUCGUUAAGCCAAUUUUGAUGUGUAUGGAUAAAGAAACAUUGAAGAUUUUAAAACAUCUUGGAUGUAAAAUGAUUAAUUCAAUUUAUAAUAAAUCACCUUUAUUCAAUUACGUUGGUUAUAUGCAACAACUCACCUACUAUGAUGUAUGUCACUUGACAGAAUUUAUUCUUCCGAAUCAAGAUCAUGUUGAAGAUUUACACAAAUUUUUAAUGGAAAAAAUUUACAACUUAUUCUUUACCAAAGGAACAAAAUUUUUAUAUUUUGGAGUUCCAGAUAUUUCAAUUUUUCAUCAUCAAGAAGCUAAAACAAGAUUUUCACAUUUACAAAUACUUGCUUGUGAAUUAAAUACUUCAUCCAAUUUUUUUUAUGAAUUAUCAAAAUAUUGUAAUGAUAUUCAACAAUUAUUAAUAUUAAUAGAUGAAGAUUGUAACAAAGAAAAUUUUGGAUUAGUAACUCUCAUAAAAGCUCAACGAUGUUUAAAAUAUCUUAGAAUUCGUUCUAUCAUAUGGAAAUCUCGAAGAAGAAUUUGUUUAUCUAAAUUAGCGGAAGCGAUUAGGAUGCAUGUGAAUAGUUUGACUUACUUUGAAAUAUCAGGUUAUAUCUGUAUUCCAUCAACCACCAUUGGAGAAUUAAAAAAUUUAAAGACAUUAGUAAUUUCAAUGGAUGCAUAUAGUCCUCAAGAAUUAAUGAUUAUGAGCUUUCCUAAACUUGAAGAACUUGAAAUUCAUUAUGAUGAAUAUACACCAUUUAAUACUUACAUGGAAAUUAUCACCAAAACAUGUGGAAAACUUAAAAGAGUUUUUUGGCAGUUCAUGGAUUUUACUUAUAAUUUAGAUAUUAAUUUUUACGCUCAAAAUGUGAUCAACUCAUGUCCCAAUCUUAGAUUUGUAUCCAUUUAUAUUGAACAAAAUUUAUUUGAUGCAUUAGAAAAAAUUUUAAAAUCAUGUAAAUUAUUGGAAGGAAUUGAUAUUCAAUUAAAGUGGGGAUCAGAUUCAUCUCAAACUAAUCGAGUAUUUGAAUUAUUAAGUAGAUAUUCACCAAGAAAUUUAACGACCAUAGUAUUUGAUUUAACCAAUUGUGAAGUUUCACCUGAAACAUUGGAAACAUUUUUACAAGAAUGGUGGGGACAAAAAAGAAAACCACUUGGAUUAUAUGUGAAUAUGGUUGAUCCAUCACAAGAAAUUCUUGACAUUGUGAACUCUAAUGAUGAUGAAUCCAAAAGUACCAAGAAUUACAAUAAAAUUAAAUUUGUCAAAGAUGGUUCAUAUGUAAACGUAACUAUAGCAAUACCAUAUCCACAUGCAUUUGAAGAAACAUAUCUAGAAGAUAAUUUGGACUUUAUAAUACUUGGAGAUUGGGGAAAAAACAACCAAAAUGACAAUUUUUAUAAAAAUGAUAAAGAAGAUCAUUCAGGGGUUGAAAGUGUAGAUGAUCCAAAAUGGAAAAGUAUUUGGUUAGAUGUUUAUAAAGGGAGAUUAGCAGAAAUACCUUGGUAUACGGUUGCAGGAAAUCAUGAUUGGUACAAUAAUGUUAGUGCACAAAUUGAUUAUUUUUGGACCAAAAAUUCUAGAUUCUUUUUUCCAGCAUUGUUCUAUGUUCGUCACUCAUAUUUUGGACCUGAAAAGACCAAAGUUACAUGGAUACAUAUAGAUACAAAUAUAUUCUAUUAUAACUAUAAUGAAUUAGAGGAUAUCAAUUAUUCAUUUAAAAGUAAUUUUUAUAAUCUUGGAUUUAAUAAUAAAGAUGCAUUAAUCACUAAAUUGAAAUGGAUAGAAGAGAAAUUAGCCGAAAAUCAAGAUUCUGAAUGGAUUUUUGUAGUUGGUCAUCACUCACUAGUUGGAUUAUGUUCAAAUAGAUAUUACAUGUCCAAUUUACCAUUCUUAUUUGAAAGAUAUCGAGUAGCAGCUUAUUUUGGAGGUCAUAAACACGUAUUAGAAUAUCAAUCACCCAACAAAAAAUAUUUUCCUGUCGCUUAUUUCACUUCAGGAGCUGGUUGUCAAACGAGUAAGAAAGGUUGUAAAGGACAUGAUUGGAUUGCUCCAAGAGGAACUUUAGGAUUUUUACACGUAAAAAUCAAGAGUAAGAAAUUAAAUUUUGAAUUUGUGGAUUCUAAUGCAAAUAUUAUAUAUAAGGAUAAUAUAAAUGCUAUACCUUUAUGGUAUCCUAAAAAGUGA